CAAACAUCUACAUAAACCGAUUUACUGUUACACUACCCGCCUUACCCCUCAAGCACCAUGGCUGGUAUCGGCGAAGAGAACCACAAAAAGCGCAAGCUACAAGACGCCACCGAAAUCGAAAUCGAUGUUUCGGCGCCUGAGCCCCCGUCUAAGAAAGCCUUGCGAAAGGCUAAGAAACAGGCCGAAAACCCAUCCAAGUCCACUACAGAUGAGACCGCAAAGGCGUCGGCUCCAGCAGAAAGCGCGGAUAACAACCAAAAGCGCUCCGAAUAUGGCAUCUGGAUCGGAAACCUACCAUUCUUCGCCACGAAAGAGGAUGUGCGCAAGUUCCUGAUCAGCAACGGCUCCUUUGCGGAGACGACCAUUACCCGAGUCCACAUGCCCAAGUCUGGCGACAAGCAUGGGAAGGCCCAAAACAAAGGAUUUGCCUACGUUGAUUUUUCCACGGAGAAGGCAGCCAAGGAGGCGCUUGGCCUCAGCGAACAGCUGCUUACUGGGCGUCGCGUGCUGAUCAAGGAUGCAAAGAACUUCACCGGCAGACCGGACAAACCUCGGGAGGAGGGCGCUGCUGGGGCAGCAGCUGGCAAUGCGCCGUCCAAGCGUAUAUUUGUCGGUAACCUCAGCUUCGACACUACCAAAGAGCUGAUUGAAGAGCAUUUUGCCCAGUGUGGAACCGUGGCAAGCGUACAUGUCGCGACAUUUCAGGACUCUGGCAAAUGCAAGGGUUAUGCUUGGGUGGUGUUUGAGGAUCUCGCAGCCGCCGAAGCAGCGGUGAAGGGCUUCGUGAUGGUUAAGGAGGACGAUGAGGAGGAGGAGGAGGAGGAGUCCGAGUCGGAGAGUGAGAAGCGCAAAAAGUCCAAGAAGCCGCGGCAGCGCAGAGUCUGGGUCAACUUUCUUCUUGGUCGGCGGAUGCGGAUGGAGUUUGCGGAGGAUGCGACGACACGGUAUAAGAAGCGGUUUGGCAAGGACGGCGAGGGCAAGAAGAACAACGCCGACAACGGUGAGGCAGAGCCGACAGAAUACGGCUCUACCGGGGAGCCACUUCGCCAGUCACGACCUGCAAAGGCUAAGAAACCAGAGUAUACACGAUACGACAAGGAGACCGUGCAAAAGCUGAGCGGUGCCAUUGUCGAAGGUCAAGGAAAGAAGACCACCUUUGAUUAGAUAUGCCUGCGACUACGAGAGAGAGAGAGAGAGAGUCGGUCAUUGAGGUGUGAAUCCUCCUUGCUGGAAGGACAACGCUGGACUAAGAGGCGCUCCACAGCAUAAAGUGACCACUUGAGGUCACUGCCCUUGUAAGCUAUGAGCUGUGAGCUGUGAGCUGUGACAUAAGCUGUCCAGCCCUUGCAUGGAAGCCACCCACAGCUUGACCUUGGGGGUGGGGAGGGGGAAGAUGACCGAUAUAGAAGCAUUGAGGAUGUGAGAUCCUCAGUACACAGAUACCCCAAAAGUCCCUUGUACAGUGCCGCAUGUAUGUAUGUAGUAAGCCAUGAAGCAGCAUGAUUCUCCCAGAUAG